UCCGCCUUCCCGCAGGGGCAGAGGGAGGAGCCGGCGGUUCGGGCGCCCGAGUCGCCGCAGCCGGGAGCAGGAAGGAGCGGGGCCGGCCGCUCGGACGCUGGGGCUCCUGCUGCUGACGGCAGGAGCCGGGCCAUGGGGCGGAAGCGGCUCAUCACCGACUCCUUCCCGGUGCUGCGGCGGCGGCCGCCGGGGCACGCCGAGGCCAAGGGGCGCCGCGGGACCCGGCGGGAGGAGACACCGGCGGCAGCAGCCCCCUGCCCGGACCCGGCCGUCCUGGACAUGCUGCGCCACUUCGACCUCUGCUGGGAGUAUGGCCCCUGCACAGGCAUCACCCGGCUGCAGCGAUGGGAGCGGGCACAGGCUCUGGGGCUGAACCCCCCGGCCUACGUGCGUGAUGCCCUUCUCAAGCACCAGGACGACCCUGCUGUCACAUAUAGGAGAUCAGCAUCCUGCCAGCCUAGCAGUGUGCCCAGAGCGCACAGGGCCCCCAGGAUGGCAGCACCUUGCCUAAUGUCCCAAGCUGCCUGCCAGGAGGAAGAAGGCACCUGGAGAGGACUCCUCUGAGCAUGGCUCUCAAGACCAUGGCACCGCACUCCAGCCAGCCAUGUCAUGGAAGCCACGGCACUUCAAACCACAGGAGAAGCCUUGCUGUCUCUGCUCUAAACCUCUGAAUCCAGUUUGGUGCCAUGCUGUCACUGCACCCAAUGGUUGCUAAUACCACAGCCAAACUCCCUCUGCCUUGGCCUGCAGAGUGUAGGUCUGUGUUUUUUCUCAGCUGUCUCUGUACGGUUGGGCAGAGACAACUCCCUCCUGGCCAGCCUAGCAAUGACUGUCACAAAACCUACUGGAACAUGGUCUGUUGGAGGCCAGGAGCCGGGUUUAUGCUGGGGGUGGGGAGUGAGGAGGGAGGAGAAUGACGGAUGUUUCUGGUUGUUCAGCAUGGCAAAGGGUUAGGAGAGGGAGAUAAUAAAACUCACAUGAAGAGCACCCAAA